GCGCGCCGGGCGGCUCGCCCCUCGGCGGGGCCGCGCACGGGGGGACGGCUCUUUGUGUGCGCGCGCCCUGCCCCCAGCCCGCCGGGGGACAAUGUCUCAGCCCCGAGGCAAGAAGAGAAACCCUGGGCUGAAAAUUCCUAAAGAAGCAUUUGAGCAACCACAGACGAGCUCCACGCCGCCCAGAGAUCUGGACUCCAAAGCCUGCAUCUCUAUUGGUGAGGAGAACUUUGAGGUGAAGGCCGAUGACCUGGAGCCCAUCUCGGAGCUGGGCCGGGGCGCGUACGGCGUGGUGGAGAAGAUGCGGCACAUGCCCAGCGGGCAGAUCAUGGCAGUGAAGAGGAUCCGAGCCACGGUGAACAGCCAGGAGCAGAAGAGGCUGCUGAUGGACCUGGACAUCUCCAUGAGGACAGUGGAUUGUCCCUUCACUGUCACCUUCUACGGGGCACUCUUCAGAGAGGGAGAUGUGUGGAUUUGCAUGGAGCUGAUGGAUACCUCGCUGGACAAAUUCUACAAACACGUCAUUGACAAAGGCCUGAUGAUCCCCGAGGACAUCCUGGGGAAAAUCGCCGUCUCUAUUGUAAAAGCACUAGAACAUCUCCACAGCAAGCUCUCUGUGAUCCACCGAGAUGUAAAGCCCUCUAACGUGUUGAUCAAUACGCAGGGGCAGGUGAAAAUGUGCGACUUUGGCAUCAGCGGGUACCUGGUUGACUCUGUGGCUAAAACCAUGGAUGCAGGAUGCAAACCCUACAUGGCUCCGGAGAGAAUCAACCCCGAGCUGAACCAGAAGGGAUACAGCGUCAAAUCUGACAUCUGGAGCCUGGGCAUCACCAUGAUCGAGCUGGCCAUCCUGCGCUUCCCCUACGACUCCUGGGGCACCCCGUUCCAGCAGCUGAAGCAGGUGGUGGAGGAGCCCUCCCCACAGCUCCCAGCAGAGAGGUUCUCAGCAGAGUUCGUCGAUUUUACCUCGCAAUGCUUGAAGAAGAAUUCCAAAGAACGGCCAACAUACCCAGAGCUUAUGCAACAUCCUUUCUUCACCCUGCACGAAUCCAAAGAGACAGACGUCGCCUCUUUUGUCAAGCUCAUCCUGGGAGACUGAGAACUGGACUUGGGGAAGAAUUGCCCUUCUGUGGACUGGUGGGUGCAGGGGAGGGCCACGUGGCAGGACUUGUCAUGGAAGCACCAACAGAAAGUGGGUUUGUUUUGCUUUGGUUUGGUUUUAUUCUGAGAAACCCCCGCCCUGCCCGAGUUUUUUGAAAGGGUUCUUUGGUAUCCAUAGUGACAUAGAACGAGCUGGUUAGUGGGAAUGAAUUUUAAUAAGGUUGGUAACCUUAAAACAAAAAACAAAACAACAACAACAAAAAAUUUUUUUUGAAUGAGUGAUUUACAUAUUUAAUGAGGUUCCUCUUCCUAACUUGCUCCUCAUCCCCCUUCCCUUCCCCCUGAACCAGAAUUUGCUUUGUCAUGGUAAUAGGUGCUAUGGUAGUCAUGAAGUUGUAUGUAGAUUUAUAUUUUGUCCCUUCCAUUAUUUUAAUAUUUAUGUUAAGUGCUUGAUGGAAUAGAUUUCUGUUUUAUAUGAGGAUGAGUGCAUGGUGAUGAUGAUGAUGAUGGUGAUGAUGGUGAUGCAAAAUGAGGCCACAGCAAGCAGCACUUGUAGGGCUCUGCUGGGGGAGAGGUGUCUGAGGAGAGGAGAGAGCAGAGGAGAAGUGUCCCUGUUGUGGAGUAUAUUUAAUGUGCAUCAUAAAAGGAAUUGAUGAGCAAGACCUGCAGCUCAGCUGCUCGGGCUGUGCCGGGGAGGAAGGCCCUGGUGUCCCCUGUGUCACCUCCUGGUGUCCCCUGUGUCACACACCGAGUCCAGCUGCUGCUCCCAGCCCCAUCCCAGCCCUGCCCUGCUGGGGAGGCAGGCUGGGAGCUCUGGAGUCCCUGGGACAGUGUCUGGGACAAGAGGAGGGGAGGAAGGAAGGAGGCUGUCAGAGGAGUUGCACAAAGAGGAGGAGGAGGAGGAGGAGGAGGAGGAGGAGGCUGCCCUGGCCCGUGCCCGCCUGCCCAGCAGCGUUGCAGUGCCCGAGGCUCCCUUGGGCUGGGGAUGAGCUGCUUUGGGCCUCAGUGGGAGCUCCUCUGUCCUCUGGGGGUGGGACAGGGUCACAGGGUGCAGGGUGUGACGCCCCCAAAGAAUGGGGGGGUUCAGUGCUGGUUUCCAGGGCUCCUGGCACUGCGUUGGCAGCAAUCCCUCCCUGCUUGCCCACAGGGUCUGGGAGUGCCAGCGCUGCCAGGAGCCCCUGCUGGCACCUGGAUUGGGCUGUGUCCAGCCCCAGCUGGGCUUUACCAGCAGCUCUGGGCUCUGCAGCAGCUCUGGGCUCUGCCCUGGAGCUGCAGCCUGGGAAACCACGCAGGGACACCACAGCCCACCCUGCCCAGGAGCUCCCUGCAGCUGGGGACAAGCUGCAAUGUCCCCAGCAGCAAGAGGAGGAGGCUGCUGAGGUGGGAGAGGAGCUGGAGGUGCCUGUGCCCUGGGGUCAGUCACUGUGUGGAGCAGGGGGCACUGUGGGUGUUGCUGAGCCUGGAGUGAGCUGCUGGCUCCAGGUUAACGCUGCUUUGAGCCACAGCUGCCUGAGCCCCUCUGCCUUUGCCCCGGCUCCUUCCCCAGCCCUGCAGUGGGGCCUGCCUGUGCAUCUGGGGGGCUGCUCAAGUGCCUCGAGCCCCUGCACGCACUUCUGUCCCCACCCUGGCUGGGGCACAGCCCCUCGGAGCCAGCUGUGAGCACAAACACCCUGCCCUGCAAUGGUGGAGCUGUGCACAGUGUCACUGAACCCGUGCACAAGGUCACUGAACCCUGCCCUGCAGUGCUGGACCUGUGCAGGUGUCACUGAACCUCUGCAGGUGUCACUGAACAUGUGCACAGUGUCACUGAACAUGUGCACAGUGUCACUGAACAGUGACACUGCAAUGCUCAACCUGUGCAGGUGUCACUGACCCUGUGCAGGGUGUCAUUUAACCCUGCUCUGCAGUGCUGAACCUCUGCAGGUGUCACUGAACCUGUCCAGGUGUCACUGAAAAUGUGUGCAGGUGUCACUGACCCUGUCCAGGUGUCAUUUCCCCCUCUCUGCCAGGGUAGCAGCUCCAUUCUCUGCUGGUGCAGGCUGGAACAGUCUGAGGGGAUUUUGGGAAGGGAUUUUGGCACUGUCAGGCAGGGCACCAUUUCUGGGGUUUCUCAGUGCUGGUGCAGAGCAGGGGCUCGCAGAGGGCGGGCAGCAAUCAGGGUGCCAUUCCCAGGUCAUUGGGGCUUUGGGGAGGAGGAGGAGGAGGAGGAGGUUCUCCUUGCUCAGCCCAGCCCUCGGGGAAGGACAAGCUCCAGUCUCACCCUGAGCCCAGGGGAACCUUUCAGGUUACAUUUUGUGGCGGGUGAAACACGAGGAUGUUUUACUUCAGUGUAAUUUUAAGAGGUCUGGCCUGGCUCGUGAUCUGCCCUCUCAUAUUCCAUGGUGUGUGUGUGUGUGUGUGUGUGUGUGUUUUUGCUCUCUCUCACUUUCUCAGAGUCACAGAGCUGUUUUGAUUGAUUGUCCUCAGCUGCAGCUGAAAGUCCAGCCAGCCAGUUUAUAGACUUGGUUCCAGCAUCAAUUCUCACUUUGAAAAACAUGACAUUUAAAACCACCCUUUGGUUUUCCUACAUAUGGAUCUGAUGCUUUUGUUCAAGAUUGUUUUUGCUGCUUUUCCCCUGCAAUAUAAGUCUCAUUUGGACACCACAUCUCCUUGACCUCAGAGCACCUUCAUUUCAGUGCCAUGGCAAUUGACAGGUUGAAUUUAUGAGACACUGUCAGGGCUCAGUAUUAAUAGCAGAUAUUAAUGUCACCAGCGUUUUCCAAUGGAGAAUUAAUGGCAGUGUUGUCUGUAACCCUCUGAAAGGUUCCUCCUGCCUCCACACAGGCCCUGCUUCUCUGCUUUCUGCUCUAAUCCCUUGGUUUAAUGACAUUACAACAGGGCACUCAGCAGUCCCUCCCUUCCCUGCUCCUUCCCCAUGACUUUGCUCCUUUUCAAGUGGUUUGUGUGAGGCCAGAGCAGGUGUGGAGCUGUGUGAGGGUGGGAGGUGCUGUGGGAGGUGAGGGGAGCUGUCCCUGCAUCCCUGAGGUGGGCACAAAGCUUGGCCUGAGCCAGGAAUUCCUCAGGGAGGAGACCCAGGGACUCCUGUGUGCCUCAGAGCCCUGCAGAGCUGCAGGAUAGGUCAGGAUUUUCUCUCUGCUCUUUAAUUGGCACCUCUGUGAAGGUGAAUAGCCUUUGGUGGCUGCUCAGCUCUUUGUUUGGCCAAGACAGGCUCUGGGAAACCUUUCCUGACAGCCUGGGGAUGGAGGGUUAGGGAUGUUCUUCACCAAGAUUUUCUGUGUUCACACAGCCCAGGGAUGGAGGGUUAGGGAUGUUCUUCACCAAGAUUUUCUGUGUUCACACAGCCCAGGGAUGGAGGGUUAGGGAUGUUCUUCACCAAGAUUUUCUGUGUUCACACAGCCCAGGGAUGGAGGGUUAGGGAUGUUCUUCACCAAGAUUUUCUGUGUUCACACAGCCCAGGGUUUGGGACUGCCGCAAACUGGGAUUUUUAGAGGAGCAGCUCCCAAAUGCCAUAAAUCUGAAAGAGCCCCAAAGGGAUUCAGGGGGCAGGGAGAGAGCAAAGCUGUGGGAGCUCAGGCCCAGCUCUGGGUGGGUUUGCAGGGCAGGGAGGCCUCUCCAGGCUGCCACAGGGACCCCAGGUGUGAUGUCCCUCCUCCUCCUCCUCUUCCUCCCACUGCACAGCCCCUGCAAUCUCCAGGAUGCUGCAGCCCUGCCGUGGUGGAGCUCUGAAGUGUCUCUGGUAGCAAAGAUGUUUCCUGGGUCUCCUUUGGACCCUUAAAUCUGAAAGAGGAGCUGGAGGGCAUUUUCUGGUUGCUGUUUUAAGCACCGGGUCGAUGCUGCUGCACUGGGUGCAAUGCCCAUCUCUCCUGGAGUUCUUCCAGGUGGACAAACCUUGACACAGAUAUCUCUGUACUGUAUUUCUCUGCUUUCCCCUGACUUUUGGUGAGUUUACUGCUGACAAAGAGGCAACUCUGACUUGUUAAAGAGGUGAAACUUCAUUUCUGGAGGCAGGUGUGUGACGCAGGAGGGAGUUGGUGGGUCCGUACUUGAAAAAAAUCUCUGAAAAAAUCUGAAUUCUCAACCCUGCUGCACCUUGUCCAGGUGGGAAGGGGCUGAGGGCACAGCCUCAGCUGGGAUUUCUCCAUGCUGCUGUGUACCUGCACAUUUCCCUUCUUCCCUCCACGUUCUGGAAGAGGAAAUCCUGCUUGGUCAACACAGCAUUGCUUCAGUGGCUCCUCUGGUGUGCUUCAGACAAGGUUCCCACCAGCUCCCAUGUUUAAUAAAUCCUUUUUAUUCAAAACAACACCCAAAAAAACAGCCAAGAUGCUCUUUUUUAAUUUUUUUUUUCCUUUUUCCAUCUUGUUCCUGUUAGAGGAACUCUGGGAGCCUGUCUUGGUGCUUUCACUCUUUCACAUGCCAAAGAUCCCUCUUAGUUAUGCUCCUGCCAAACCAGAUCUUACAUUCUUGCCUCUGAAACCAUCCACUUCCCUGCUCCUUGGGGUUCCUUUUGUUGCUGUUGCUUUUUCCCUGCAUUUCCUGGUGUUUAUUGACACGUCUAUUGUUGAGCUUCCUGGACACAUGCAGCUCUCUUUUUUUGGGAUGCAGGCAAAGACAAAUAGUUGCCUUCACUUGUGUGCCCCUGCUGCUGGGGAAAUACUGUCAGGGCUGUGGUUGCUGCAGAUGGGAUGGCUCAUGGUGAGCUGGGGUCAUGGAGGGUGUAAACUGGCACUGCUCCACUGGAACGGAGCCAGUUUGGUCCAGCUGAGAAUCUGUCCUGAGUGUCUAAACAGUUAUUACACACUAAUAAAGAUUAAUGAGCACAAAUCCCCACGGAUUAGACGUAAAAUGGCAAUUUUUGCUCAUUAAUCUUUAUUGCCAUGUUGUGGUUGUGGAUGUUAGAGCAGGUUCCUCUCUCUGCUCUGGAUGUGCCUGGGGAGAGGGAGGGUGGUCAGCACACCCAGAACACUCCAGAUGUGCACAUUUCACACCAGAUGUGCACAUUUCACACCCUGUGUCCUGCCCCAGGCUCCUGGUUUCCUUGAAAGCAGCAGCAGAGGAUGGAUCCCAGAGCUGUGCCUGCUCCUCUGGCCUCUGCCUGGCCUGUAAAACCCAGGUUGUUUCUGCUGAGAAGGGAUCACAUCUCCUCAUGAAUAUUUCAGCUCAGCCUUUGCUGGAGCAGAUGGAGAAUGUGGAAUUUGCCCUGGAGAUCCCCCCUGGAUCAUGCUGGAGGAGUGGCAGCUCUGUUGAAGGCUGAAAGGAUUCUCUGCUCCUUCACACAACCCCACUCCAUCAAAACAGAGGCUUUUGGUGAUAAAUAGGGCCAGACAAAGCUGCAUCUCAGAUCUGAGGUGUUUGCAGAUGAAUAAACACAGCCAGGAGCUGCUGGGGCAGUGCUGCAGGCACAAAGGUCCAUUGCUGGAUAAAUGGAAAGGACUCUGAGAGUGCAGUGAAUUUAAGGGUGGAUUUAAUGGCCUGGGGACAAAAUGAGUGCUCUGAUCAUGAUAUCAGAUCAGAGCACGCUGCCAGGGAGGAGCAGGAGGGGCAGGACACAGCCUGAGAGCAGCCUGGCUGCCCUUGCCCUCCCCACAUCUUCCUUCAGACCCACAUUUAUGGGUCCCACUCAUCCCCAGCUCCAGCGAGGGGAGCAAAACUUAAAACCCAAAAAGAACCCACAGGGGAAAACCUGCAGGUGACCCAAGACAUGCUGCUGCUGUGUGGCCUUAAAGAAGGAGAAAGCCUGGGGGGUUUUUGCCUUUUAGAAAAAGGGAAAAGCCUGGAGGUCUCUGGAGCUGAGAGAGAAGAGGGGAAGCUUUCAAGGUGGUCUCAACCAGUUUAAUGCUGGAAAUCUCCCAUUUUCAGGCCAGCAGGAGGAGGGAAUUCACCAGGGACAGCCAGGGAGUAGCUGGGGCUGCAGGAUGAGUGGGGAUGGUCUCUAAGAGAGAACAUUCACCAUCUCAGAGUGUCCCAGAACACCCAAAAACCUUCAGCAUUUUUAUGUUUUGGGGUUUCUUUUCAGGGUGGAUGCUGUGAAAAGUCAGAAAGGGCCAGGAGUCCUUGAUUUGUGUCCUUCAGAGCAGCCCUGGGAUGCUGCAGAGCUCUGGGACACCUGACAUCCUGGGCACCUUCAUAUCUUUAUUUUCAUGUCAAAAUAUUUCUCAUCUUUUUAUUUUCAUGGGCAGCCAGCAGGGAGGGGAAGGGGUCUGCAGUCCAUGGAGUGUGUAGGGGAGGAAGGAGCUGCCUGUCCUCUCCAGUUCCCUGCUCCCUGAUUCCCCAGCUGGCAAUGACCUGCACAGCCACCCUGCAGGAGUUUGUCACUUCAUUUGCUGCCGUUUGGGACACCUGACAUGCUGGGCACCUUUUUAUUUUUAUUUUCAUAUCAAAAUAUUCCUCACAUUUUUAUUUUCAUGGUGUUUUACUCGCAGCCAGCUGGAAGGGAGUCCGUGGAGUGCUUUUGGUGAGGAAGGAGCUCCUGUCCUCUCCAGCUCCCUGCUCCCCGAUUCCCCAGCUGGGCAUCCCCACCCUGCAGGAGUUUGUCCCUUCGUUUGCUGCCCUUUGGAGCUGCAGCAGCCCUGCUCUGAGGUGGCUGGGCCAGGAUGAGCCUCAGUCCCUUCCUCCUGGUGUUUGCAGGACGGGGCCGCGAGGUUCUGCGGGGAUAAACCGGGAGAAGUUUGGACGUGCAGAUGGAAAUCUCAAAAGCUCAGACAUCCUCUGGCCAUUUCCAAAGCUGCCUGGUGUCAGCCAGAGCUGAAAAGCCUUCCUAGCAGUUUGAUUUCGGGGUAUUUUGAUCUGUUAGUUUCGCUUUUGGGCUUAGCUAAAUCCAGGAAACUCGCAGUGGUGUAAUUUUUGAAUCAAGACUAAACACACCCCAAAGUAUUCCUGAACCCAUCAGGAAAGCUGCUGCUUGCUUUAUCUUCCAGGAAUAAUUCAGGCCAGCUCAGGCUUGAACUCAGUCUGGUUUUGCCCCUAGAUAAUGAUUGUUUUUGAGGAAAUAAUGAGAGCAGGCCGUGAUCUUUCCAAAAGGCUGUGACCUGACACACCAAGCUGUGCCAGGAGGUGGAUGGAGAUAAAUUCAGUGAGAGGGGCCAAUGUCUGGAGGCUGGAAGAGCAGCCUGGAGUAUCCAUGGCCUCCAAAAACUCACUCAGACACAUUUUCCCCAGGAAUUACGGGAUGGAGGUGUUGGGUUCUGCCAUAUCUCGGGAUUUUUCCCUCUAGGAGAGAACAUUCAGCCAUCUCAGGGUGUCCCAGAACACCCAAAAACCUUCAGCAUUUUUAUGGUUUGGGUUGUUUUUCAGGGUGGAUACUGUGAAAAGUCAGAAAGGGCCAGGUGUCCUUGAUUUGCACAACCAGGGUGAAGAAAUAUGGAUUAAGUGCCUGGUAAAAGCCAAAAAAUGUGUUUUUAAAGAUAAAUCCCAGUCUCUGUCACAGCUAUUGAGCCAGGAUCGAAUUUUCCCAAAUCCAGGUACAGCUGCAGAGCUCUCCAUCCAUUCUUAACCCAAAUUUAUUCCCAGAUCCUGCAUAAACACCUACAGCAUGGACUGUGCCUUCUGGGGGGCUUCUUGCAGGCUUGGGGCUCUAAAUCCAACAUCCCCCAAGCCAGGAUUUGGCUCUGAAUUUUCCCUUUAAAAUCCCUGUGUAAAGUGAAUUUCCAGGGCACGGCCGCUGUUUUUAUUUUGGUGAAUCCAGUGAUUUGUGCUUGGUGAGAGCUGUCCCUGUGCCAGGGGCUGCUGGAAAUAGUCACAACAUCCAAAAGAGCUGGAAUUCUGCAAUUUUUAAUAGCAAUACAACAAGAGGAAGAGGCUAAAUGGAGCUUCUUGUAAGCUGGAAAUGUGUUGGAGUAAAAUUUGUCAUUUCUUGUAGGGGAAAAAAAAAACCCCAACCCUAAACAACUCUCUAAAAUUGUCCAGAAUCUUCAAUUUAAGGAUUUACAGUUUUAUUGGCAAAGAUCCCUGUUUAGCAUCAAUAUAUGGGAUUUCUAGACUUUCUUUCUUAAGGUGUGAAGUCUGCUUUUUCUGGAGAUGGUGGGAAACCUGUAACAACAAUAUUUCUACAUCAUUUUGGCUGGGAAAAAAACCCCAAACCCAAAAUAUGAGCAAAAAAAAUGGAAAAGCACCCAGAUCCCAGUGGUCUGGUGUUGGAGAAGGCACAUGAACAUGUUAGGAAGGAGAAGACUUUCCAACCUGCUUUAAUACAAGUUCUUUUUUACUUUAUUUUUAGGAUUUUUUUUACAGUAACAUCAUUUGGUUGCUUAACUGUGAAAGUCUCUGCUUUUCCGUCCCUGUGGAAGACUUAUAUUCCUUCUCAUGUUCUUCUUAUUUAUUUUUUAUUGAUCCCUUUCUGGUACUAUCCAAGAGGUGCUGAAGGUAUCUCCCAGCCUGCCCUGGAGCCAUGUGGAAUCCCUGUGGUUUCUCCUACCAGCUGGGAUGGCAGUAGACACCUAAUUAUGAUUUUAAAUUAUAUUUUUAGCAACUUAGAUUAUUUUUCUUUUAGCGUCCUGGUUUGCUCUAGAAUUAGGGAUGGGGAUAGGGAAUCUUGCUUUUAAAAAAUUAUAAUUUUUGGAGUUUUGUUUUAACAUCUUGGGGGCUUCUGAAGAAACCUGCUCUCUUUUAUGUUUUUGGGAGGGAAGAACGAGGUGGGUUUCUUGUUCCUUUGAGAGGGGAUUGAGUAGCAGCAGGGUUCAAUUUAGCUGGUAAAAUGCUCUGUGUCAUUAAAACCAGCCUGAAUUCUGACAAAACAACCACUUUCCACCUGGAAAUUAAAAUCUGGCUGGUGGCAAACUUGGUUUGUCCAAGGCUCGUGCCAGGCUUUUCUCUGUCAGAUUUCCAUGGAGUUUGCUGAGCCCUUGGUGCUCAGGAUGGGCCAGGGCAGGGCUGGGGACAGCCAGGUGUCACCUCUGGGGUGGAGGACACCUGGUCCUGCAGAAAUAACCCAAUAAUUCAUCUGCAGAAAUAAUCCAGCAGUUCAUCUGCAGAAAUAAUGCAGCAUUUCAUCUGCAGCUCCUUGUUCCCCAUGGGAUGUUGAGGGCAAUCCCUGAAGUGUGAGAGAGAAUCAGGACUGGGGGCUCCAAACCCAUCAGGUUUUGUUCUUUUCAUUCCCUUCCUCCCCUUGGAAAGGUGCUUCCAAAGCCUCCCCAGCCUUUCUGCUCAAGAAUAACAGAAUCAGAGAACCACAGAGUCAUUUAGGGUAGAAAAACCUUGAAAAUCAUCGAGUCCAACCAAAAACUCAGCACUGCCAAGGCCACCACUAGCCCACGUCCCCAAGUGCCACAUGGCCACAUUUGAAGCCCUUCCCUGGUGCAGCUGUUUUCAGACAGCUCACGCUGCUUCUCUGGUUUGUUUUCUUUCCCCAAACGUAUAAGAAGCGUUGGGUAGCAGAAUGUGGAAUUGAUUAGAAGUUCAUAAAGCAGGGACCUCAGAAGGAUGUGGGUAUAAAUGCUUUUCAGGCAUCCGAGGUGAACUUUAAAUGGAGCUUUGGCCCUCAUUUGCUUUCUGCUUUUCAAAAACCAUUUAUGAGAAAGUGGAGCUGUCAAAGCCAUGCAUGAACUUUGCCUUCUUGCAAAUAACUUGUCUCAAAAGUAAAUUGUCCAAAUGCACAAGAAACUUGUCUCAAAGCAAAUCCAGUAGCUCUACAAAGCUGGAAUUGUGUGCAUUGGAGGGUGUGAGAGGUGUGUGUGUGUGUGUGUGUGAGUGUGUGUUGUGCAGGGAGUAACUCAACCAUUUUGAGAUUUACAAAAACACAAUGCAAGUGCUUUUAGAAAAAAAAAAAAUAAAAAAAGAAAGGCAGUGUAAAAUAUUUAUUUCUUGGCAGAAGUACAUCAGACCACAUCUCCCAUCCUUCUUUUAAUUGCGUGGUGUUUGUUUGUGUUGUCUCAGGCUUUGCUGGUUUUCUCUGCAGGGCUCUGUCACCUCACACAACCCCUCUGUCAGCCAGGGCACGGGGCAGCUCCAGCCCCUCAGGACAGCCCUGGGCUGCAGGCAGGGAGCAGGGGCAGAGCUGGGUUAAAGGCAGCACAGAGCAGCGGGGGUGAUUUUCAGUUUCCAGCCUUGUGGAGGGAGGGAAUUAUUUCCUUGUGAGAAUCCAAACCACCACAGCACCUAAAUCACAGCCUUGGGGAGGGUGCUUGGGCAGCCAGGGCAGCUUGGAGGGGAUGAGGUGGCACUGGCGUGGCUGUGAGGUGGCACUGGCUGGUUGGCAGUGUCCUGUGGGCUUUGCCCAGGGUUUGGAGCUGCCCUGUGCAGGGUGGGUGCUCCGAGCUCCCAUUCCCAGCCGGGUGCAGACACUGCCAGGUCCCACCAGUCGGGCACUGCCACGCUCACUGCUUGUCCCCAUGCCCCAGAGCCCUUCUGAGGUCACCUGGCUGUCCACCUGCACGUCCCUGUGCUGCCUUCACCCAUCUCUGCUGUUCCUGGUGCUCUGGAGACGAGCAGGGGUAGCAGAGUGACAGUAGGAGUGUGUGUGUAACGUUUGAGAGGCUUUUACUCCAUGUUGUUGUUGUUUUACUGAGAUGCUUUUAGGGUCCGUGCUGAACUGGUUUCUUCAACCUUCACUGCCACAGAUUCUUUCUUCCUUUUCUUCACUUCAAUCCGAUUGGCAAAAUACAUUUGGCUUGGGGGAAAAAACCCCAACCAACCCCAAACCCUGCAGAUGGGAUAAGUUACUCCUCUUUACUGUGCUUUGAUUUGAUUUCUCAGGAUACUCAGAGGUUUUUCACUGCUGCUGAGAGGGGACAGUACACCUUUUUGGAGACUUCAACCACUGUAACAGUUUUCCAGAUGUGUGUGUGCGCGUGCGUGUGUGUAAGCCAGCGCUGUGCGUGCGUGUGUUCUGCUGAAUAUCGUGUGCAUCUCUGAAAUGCUUCAAACAACUGCCUGGAAGUCAAAAACCAACCACCUCUUUCCAGUCAUAUGUUUGCCGUGACUUUUCAUAACCACACUUGAAACUAGUGGUCUUGGAUGGAAAUAUUCAAAGAGCAGGGCAUCUUUAUAGCAAUGGUAUGUCAGUCGAAUUACGGGAAAUGUACACAAAAAAUAAAUAAAUGAAAUUUAAAAGGAA